AUGAAUAACAAUAAUAAUUCCAGCUUUGGUAACCUGCCCGCCUCUCACUCAACAAAUAAUAAUAAUCACAACAAACUUACUACUCUAAAUAUUGGCUCUCUCAACUGCCGAAGCCUUGCUAAGCUAUCUCUUCAUGAAAAACGUCAAUCCUUCAUUCGCCAUCUUCGUCUCCAAUCGUUAGAUAUCCUUUCGUUACAGGAUAUCAACACUGAGGAUGAAAGUACCCAGUCAACUCUUAGCAUACUCUUCAGCUCUAAAAGCACCUUUUGGACUAAGCACUGUGGCGUAAUGUGUCUCAAUCUCUCCAUUACUGUUACACCUAUACCAGUCACUGUUGACCAGCGGUUGGUCAUUUGCGAGAUCUCUCACACCCGCCGCAUGUUUGAACCUUUUGCCUUAGUUAAUCCAUAUGCACCUCCUCAGCAUGCAUAG